AUGAAGAGGGCUGAGAAGUAUAUAAGACAGGAUGAUGCUCUGGUGACAAGCCGGUUCGCCAAGGGAGAGCCAGGCAAGGAGAAAGCUCCGGAGGAAAGGAGGCCAGAGAAGCAUGAAAAGAAACAUGGCAAAAGGUCUGAGCCUUACAGACAGCCCUGGGAGCGAAGGGACCAAAGACCUCUUCCCCCUCGGGCCUCAGAGCAGAGGCUACUCCCUUCAUGGGUUCCGGAGAAGCCGACCCCACUUAAUGCCUUUAGAGCCAAAGUGCUCGUAGCUGUCCAAGACAAAGAAUUCUUACAAUGGCCCAAGCCCCUGAAAUCGGAAGCCGACCAGCGAAAUCCUGACAAAUACUGCCAGUUCCAUCAAAUCGAGAGGUUGAUAAAGAGAGGGCACCUGAAGAAUUUUGUAAAGAAACCGGACGGACAGAAACCUCAACCCAAUCCGGCAGUCCAAACGCCGAGAAGAACAGGAGCUAACACUGUGAAUGAUGGGUCCAGCGGAACAAUCAAUAUGAUCGUAGGGGGCACAGGAGGUCGGAUGAGUCGAAGGGGGAAAAAGAGAAGCAGAGAGGGAGAAAACAACAAUGCUGAGGUCAUGCAGAUCGUUGAACACUCUUCAACAACCAUCACCUUCUCCUCGGAGGACGCUCAGGGUGUUCAGAUGCCUCAUGACGACGCCCUUGUCAUUGAAGCUAUCAUUCACAACUACUGGGUAAAGAAGAUCUUGGUUGAUGACGGGAGCAAGGUAAACCUGUUGCCUUAUCGAGUCUUCCAGCAGAUGGGAAUUCCUGAAGAGCAACUGGCUCGGGAUCAAGCCCCGAUUAAAGGGAUUGGAGGAACACCAGUGACGGUGGAAGGAAAAAAAAAAGCUAGCCCUUACUUUGGGAGAGGCUCCGAGGGCUCGCACCCAUUAUGCGGUGUUCCUGGUGGCUAA